AGUAAACUCCGCCUCUUCUUCCUUUUAAAAGUAUCAGUUUCCACUGACACAAUCCUUAACUAUUUUCCUUUGUUCUUCUUCAUCUUUAUUACACAAUUUUUUUCAAGGUUUUCCAAACGAUGUCGGUUUUUGAAUCCGAGACUUCGACCUUCCACGUCUACAACAACCACGAAAUCCAAACACAACCGCAGAUGCAAACGUUUCUGUCGGAGGAGGAACCGGUAGGGAGACAAAACUCGAUUUUGUCACUAACUCUUGACGAAAUUCAGAUGAAAAGUGGUAAGAGCUUUGGAGCGAUGAACAUGGACGAGUUCCUAGCGAACUUAUGGACAACCGUUGAAGAAAACGACAACAACGGAAGAGGUGGGCCCCACCACGACCGAGAGAAACCGGCGGUGCUUCCACGUCAAGGGUCGUUGUCCCUCCCCGUGCCUUUAUGCAAGAAAACCGUGGACGAGGUUUGGCUAGAGAUACAAAACGGCGUACAACAACAUCCACCGUCGUCAAAUUCCGGUCAAAACUCCGACGAAGAUAUUCGCCGGCAACAAACUCUUGGUGAGAUCACGCUCGAGGAUUUUCUUGUUAAAGCUGGUGUUGUACAAGAACCAUUGAAGACAACGAUGAGGAUGUCGAGUUCUGAUUUUGGUUAUAACCCGGAGUUUGGAGUUGGUUUACAUUGUCAGAACCAAAACAAUUAUGGUGAUAACCGGUCGGUUUAUAGUGAUAACCGGCCGUUUUACUCGGUUUUGGGGGAAUCUUCAAGCUGUAUGACCGGGAAUGGGAGAAGUAAUCAGUAUUUAACCGGUUUAGAUGCUUUUCGGAUCAAGAAACGGAUAAUUGAUGGUCCACCUGAAAUUUUGAUGGAGCGGAGACAACGGCGGAUGAUUAAAAACCGUGAAUCUGCGGCUCGGUCUCGAGCCCGGAGACAGGCGUAUACUGUUGAAUUGGAGUUGGAACUGAACAACCUCACGGAAGAAAACACAAAGCUGAAGGAAAUUGUGGAGGAAAAUGAAAAGAAAAGAAGGCAAGAGAUAAUAAAUAGAAGCAAACAAGUGACUAAAGAGAAGAAAGGAGACAAAUUGAGAAAGAUUCGGAGGAUGGCUAGUGCAGGGUGGUAAAUAGAUAUGAGAGUUUGUGUAAUUUGCAUAUAAUAUAUUAUAUUGAUCAUUUCCAUCUAUACACAUAUAAAUAUUUGUAUCUAUUUUUUUUAUUUUGAGACAAAAGUGGAAUUUGUGUAUAUAGGAUCAUUUCUUUUUAUAUAUAUACUCAUAAGUCAUAAUGUUGUAUCUCCAGAUUUAAUUUCCAUGUUUUCUUCUUCUUCCUCCGAUGCUGAAAUUACAUCGAGAAAUCCGAUAAUUUAA